AUGUUUUCAACUGAACUCUUAUGGCAAUGCGUAAAGAAGAACACUUCUUUCAUUAAGAAGAACAAUGGUUUCACUUUCACAUCUGAACCAUUCAACAUAAUGAACUUAAAUACUUUAAAGUAUUCAGGUCUUGCAGCAAGAAGAUCAAUCGGUAUGGAAUUGGUCCCAAAUUCUAAUGGAAAACUUGUUAAGAAUACAAAAAUUAUUAAGAAAAACUCUGGAUCAAGCACUAUUAGAUGCCCAAAGAAAUUCACUUCUAAGGUAAAUCUCUCUAAUGAUUUUAAACAAGCAAAGAAAACUAUCAAAAAUCAAGUCCUAGCCCGUCCGGAUUUGAAAAAUGCUGCUAUAAUUAGAUAUAGAAAGAUCCAAAAAGCUAAGUGCUAA